AGGGCCGGCACUCCAAAAGCGUACUCAACUAUCCGGCACCACAAGCUCCAUUGCUUACGAACCCUUCCUUCAGUUCCAGUCCUUUACCUUUUUCCCUCGGAGCUCUCUGACUCUCUGAGAUUUUUUUUUUGUCUUCAUUUCAAAUUUUGUGGUUUCCUCCCACAUUCCCUUCCCCCGCUCCCCUCCAGGCUCCAGCCGCUCGCUUCGAUUCGCUUCAGCUCUGCCUUCCCGUCUCAUGGCCACCUACCAGCCCACGCCCGGUGACGCCUUCCCAGCCCGCUGCUGACUGCACCGAUUCACCCACAGUUGGCCUUCAGGCAACCCUAGCGUCGCCGAUCCGCCGCUCCGGCGAGAUGCCGGUGGGCCACAUCGCCGUCUCUCCCGCCGCCGUCUAUGGAGAACAGGGAUAGCUUCACUCGCCCCCCAGCGCCCUCCUACGCCCACGGAACCCAAACCGCUAAGGGCGUCGCGGUCCCUACCGGCGGGGACACGGCCGCCACCAACCUGACGUCGUCGUCAGGGUUGUCCUCGUCUCUCACGCUCUCCCCUCCCCACUUCCUGCAACAGAUUCAUGCAGCUGUCAAGCGGCAGAGGCCUUUCGGUCCAAUGCAGUCUAAACUUCCAAGAGCAACACGGGUCCUGGUUUCCGGAGGUGAGCGUGCAAAUAAAAUUGGUGCCAACCCUUCUGUUUCGAAAGACCAGGAACGAAUUGUUACGCAGCCUCAGAGAGGCAUGUUGGGACCCUCUAUGCUGCCAAAUGUGACGCCUGAUCAACAGAAAGUCGAUAGCACUUCUAAAUUAGGGUCCUCUGCCCCAGAUGAGUUGAUGUUGACAGCACCCUCAAUGCUAAAAAGUACCACUGAUACCUGUGCACAACGUGUUGGCCAGCAGAAAAACAAGGCUAAUCUGUUGAUGGAUACAGAGAAGUCAGCUUUCGAUGCUUUGUCAUCUCAAAUUACAUCAUGCAAUGCAUUGAUGGGGGAAAGUUUCAAGAAAGGACAGCUUGAUUCGGUUGUUAAUCCACAGUUGACGUCACAAAGUGAUAAUAUAUGCAUCACUGUGGAUAGUAGAAUGGACAGUAUGUUGUCUUAUCUACAUUCUGUUUCAUUGACGGCAGGAGAUAAUUUUCCUGCAAAUCAAGGAGCUCAGAAUGAUCACCAGAAGAACCAUCAGGAGCUUCAAACUGUUGAUAUAGCAGCUGAUAUGGAUAUCGAAUAUGAUGCGUCUAAUUUGUCUCGGAGAGGGAUCCAAGAGGCUCGUAAUCAGAAUCAUGGAAAGCAUAUGAUUCCUUUCUCUGCCAUUGGUUCAUCUGUGACUGCUAUGUCUCUUCACUCGGGACCUACUGUCCAAAGUUCACAGACUCCACAGGUUGGCGGAUACACUUCACCAGUGCAGAUACCAGAAUCUGCUGUAGAAUCCUCCAAGGGUGCACUGGGCCAUGGUGCUCAAAAGGAGCAUGCUGGUGCAACUGGUGUUGGUGACUGGAAUCCCCACAACCAGCAGGUUCAAAAUCUAGGUAAUGGUGCCACGGACAAAGCUGUUUCUAGCAUUGGCAGAUUGCGUUCUGAAGGAUUACCUGCAAAUGAUCAGUCUACAUCUGCCAGGGAUGGUGGUGGUUCCCGACCAAACAAGGGUGAGAAGGAGCGCCGUAAAAAGAAUUAUGAUCCUAAUGUUUUCUUUAAGGUGAACGGGAAACUUUAUCAGAAACUUGGUAAAAUAGGAUCUGGGGGUAGCAGUGAAGUACAUAAAGUUAUAUCAUCAGAUUGCAUAAUAUAUGCCUUGAAAAAGAUCAAGCUUAGAGGUCGUGAUUACCCUACUGCAUAUGGUUUCUGUCAAGAAAUUGAGUACUUAAAUAAGUUGAAAGGAAGGAGCAAUAUCAUACAAAUGAUUGAUUAUGAGGUCACUGAUAAAAGUCUACUUCUAGAAAGUACCGUGUCACCCAGGGAUGGGAGAAUUAAGGAUGAUCACUACAUUUACAUGGUUCUGGAAUAUGGUGAAAUUGACUUGGCUAACAUGGUUGCUCAGAAGUGGAAGGAGAGGAACAACUCUACUAUGAAAAUUGAUGAAAAUUGGCUGCGCUUUUAUUGGCAGCAAAUACUUGAAGCUGUCAGUACAAUACACGAGGAACGAAUUGUCCACUCUGAUUUGAAGCCUGCAAACUUUAUGCUUGUGAGGGGCUCACUUAAACUAAUUGACUUUGGCAUCGCCAAGGCUAUAAUGAAUGGUACAACAAACAUUCAACGUGAUGCUCAGGUAGGGACUCUCAACUACAUGUCACCUGAAGCGUUCAUGUGCAAUGAUACAGACUCGGAUGGUAACAUUAUUAAGUGCGGGCUCCCCUCAGAUAUCUGGUCUCUUGGCUGUAUUCUUUACCAGAUGGUGUAUGGCAAGACACCAUUUGCAGACUACAAGACUUUCUGGGACAAAUAUAAAGGAGUGACUGAUAGGAACCACAAGAUCAUGUAUGAACCAGUUGACAACCCAUGGCUCAUUGAUUUGAUGCAAAGGUGUCUCGCCUGGGACCGAAAUGAACGAUGGAGAACACCUCAGCUUCUUAAGCACCCUUUUCUCAAUCCUCCAGUUCCAAGGGAUUUACCUCCCUCUGACGAUGAUCCAUAUAGGUUGCUCAUUGAGAGGAUCAGAGUCCACUGGGAUAACCCAAUGGUUCAAAAACUUCGUAGUUUAAUUGAAGAACUCGAUGGGGAUCAGUAAAAAUGGGUUUUUAACAAUCCUGAUUGAUACUCGAUCUAGGGCCUGGGUAGUGGUGGCACAAGUGUUUUAGUUUCUGUAUUGUUCCUGAUUGAUAGGGUACUGUUGUAAUUUGUAAUUAGAGAGUGGCGGCAUCGGUUGGAGACGUCGGAGCAUAUUAUGAUGCCCUGGCAUUUUUGCUUCCUCGUGUUUGGAGGUUGAUGUGACACUUUGUCAGAAAUGGCGGCUAGUUAACGUUAAGAGUCAAGAUAUUUUUGUUGUCUGAUCAGUGGAAGCAUCUCCAGGUGUAAAUAGUUGAACCAAUUGGUAGUUUGUGUUUUACCAUGAAUCAAGCGAGCCAACGAGCCAUGAGCAUUUCGUCUA